AUGAAAUACAAAUCCUAUGACAUGUCUACACCCACCCUACGCCUCAGGCAGUCAGAGGCACAGAAAAAUGUCUGCAGACUGCGUAACUGUAUGCCAGAAAAAUUUCAGACUCUGGUACGAAUGCACUUGUCAUUCCUGUUAGACUUGGAUGGAUCUAAACUCGAUGAAAUGUUUUCAGAAAAUAAGCCAGCAGAAAGAACAGAAACAAGAAAGAAUAAAUCUUCCACACCAUUUUCUAGAAAGAAAAGUGAUAAACAGGGUCAUUUAUUUGGUUCACCACUGACAUCAGAAAAUGUAGCCAUUAUCUACAAGCUGAUAGAAUUUCUAGGUAGACCAGAAAAUAUUACUACAGAAGGAUUAUUCAGGAAGACUGGUAAUGUUGCCAGACAAAGGUUGUUAAAACAAUGGUUGAGUGACGGCUCUUUAACGUCUCUUGACGAUGGGACUUUUUCUCACCAUGAUUGUGCUACAGUGCUAAAGAAUUACCUUGGAGAAUUACCAGAUCCUUUACUUACAGAAAAGAAUUAUGAAGCUCAUCUUCAAAUUGUUGAAAUGGGAUCAAAUCUAGUGCUAGAUAAAGACAAAGCUAAGGCUCGGUCAAAACAGUUGAAGACCCUCCAGUUGUUAUUUUUAUUACUACCUCCAGAAAAUUCACUUCUCCUGGAAUGUUUGAUUGAUCUAUUACAUAAAGUAACCAAGACGAGUGGAAACAUGAUGACAGCUCAGUCCCUCGGAACUCUGUUUGCUCCCCAUUUAUUGUGCUCUAGAAAGUUAAGUGCUUCAGAAUUACAGUGCAUAUCACCAGUUGUAUCUAAAGCUGUAGCGUUCAUGAUUGAAUAUGGUCCUUCUAUAUUUAAGAUCCCAAAAGAAUUAGCAGUAGAUGUAGCCAACUUUUGGAAACAGAUGGAAACACCAAAUAAAUACACCCAGAAAAAUGAAAAUAAGGAGAAUUUGUCUACCAAGAAGUUAGCCACAACAUCAGCGACAGCUAUAGACACAGUGUUUACAUUUGUAGACAGAAAGUCGUCAUCAGACUCUGACACAGAUACACAGGUGGCACUGGCUAAAUUGUAUGCACAUGUGCAAUCUAUGCCUGAGUCAGCAAGGAAGAAAAAACUUCUUAAGCAGUUUAAUAAUGCCAAUGGUUUGAAUGAGAGUUGUGCUAAACCCAGGAAGCAUCACAGAAGUAGAACUUUUGGAGAACAAAUUAAGAAGAGGUUUAGUCGACAUAAAAGAAGGGGAUCAAAUGACCCCAAUGAGUGUACUGCUGGCCUGCCAUGGACACUUACAAAGCCAAUUAAUAUUGAUGAGAAUGAUAACUUAGAUAAUGUGUUCACUGAAGACAAAUCCUCAUCAAAAUUGAGAAUACUGAAAACACCAAACAGUCCUGCUGUGCACAUAGUUGACCUCUGUAAAUCACCUGCCACACCCAGAAACAGGACCCCUAAGGCACGGAAACGUCUGAGUAGUGGAAGUAGUGAUGGCAGCAUACCAGAGAAACGUCCAACACCAGAACCUAUCCCGUCAAUAGAGAAUGAAAUACAAUAUUUGAUCAAGAACCCACCAGAAACCCGAGUGUUACGAUUUACACCAGAGCUUCAUGGGAAGCCUGUUGCUAUGGUGUCCCCAUUGUCUUUUUCACCUAUAUCCAACACCUUCAAAGACUGUCCACAAGUUAUGAAGAAAGCAAUGAAUACACCACGAUCAAGAGCUCCAGUGAUGGCAAUGCCUCUCUCUCCAAGUUUGAAAUCAAGAGAAAGUCAACUGUAGAGAGUUCUGGUCCAGGGAGAUAACUCAAUGCCAUAAAUAGUGCUAUAAUAUCAGGAGAACAAUGUAAAAAUACUGUUAAUUUAAUACUCAAAGUUUUAUUAUAAAAUGUACAUAGUUAUCAAUUGUAUAUACAGAAAAAUUGUACAAAAUUUUUAAAAAGGAGAGAAAGACAACAGUAAAGCAUUAUGAUUAAAUUUUUAGAGAUUUUCACAGAGUGAAUUAAAAUGUGCCCAUGAUAAGUUAAAUAUACUUUCUAAAUAUAUUAUUAUUGUAUUAUUUUUCCAUAUUCUGAUGGAAUUCAGUGACUUAAUUAUUUCAAAGUAAAAUUUCUGAUGGUAUGCAAGUUAAGACACCAAAUGAUGAUUUGUGUCAAAAAAUUUACGAUUUUGACAAUAAUAAGAAGGAAAAAACCAAUAGAUAUUAUUGUUCUUAUGCAAAAUUUAAAUUUCAAUAUUUGAAUUACCUGACACUGUUACCAGCCUUUUUUAAUUAGUUUUAUAUUAAGAUGGCUUUCAGUUCAAUUGCAAAAUAACUUUUUAUUGUUCAAGUACUUAAAAGCUUGUAGUAUUAUUUGUUUAGGAUGUGUGAAGCUUUUGUUAUUGUUAUGUGGUAGAGUUACAAAUAGAUAUAUUUAAGUGUUUACUGUUUUGUGUAGUGAUGCAUGGCAUCUUCUGAUUGGUGUGUAAAUGUAUGUUAUAUUUGUAAAUUUGUAAGACUUAAGUCUGUAUGUUUCUUCUGUGUAAAGAGGUGGAACAUUUAUGUCUGAUACUGAUUUGUUAACUUCACAGGUUUAAAGGUGGGAUUCCAUGUUAAUUGUGAUCUACAGAUCUUGUAUUCUAAUAUAAGCUUUUUUACAAAUAGUACUGUAAAAUGUGUUACAUUAAUUGUUAAAAAGAUUUAAGAAUAAUUUAAAAAAAACGCUUUGAUAUGAUAUUAAUCAGGCUAUAACCAGUCAGAGGUCUGUACUCAAUUUUUCUGGCUUGAAUAUUCUAAAGAAGCAUAGAUAGGAGCAUAAUAGUUAUAAUGGGACUCAACCUAUAUAGAACCUUGCAGUAAAUAAUUAUUAUGAUUAAAUUUUAUAUAUGCAUGAUAUGGGAAACAUGAGCUGAGUUAAAAUUUGAUAAGAUACUUCCAAACCAUGCAAUAAAGGAUGAAAUUUGAUAUAAAAAAUCCUUGUAAUUGGUUCAAAUGGUUUGAUAUACUGUGGGUUCAUUAAUAUAUAAGUGGAUACAAAUUUCGUGGAUUCUGUGGGUAGAGGUGAUCCACAAAAUUAGAUGUUUAAGGAAGUGGCUAUUAUUUAUAGACUUAUAUGCAGACUUUUGCAAAACCACAAAAUCAAAUAUCCAUGAAAAUAUGAAUUUUCCUCAAUACACGAAAAUUGGUACUCACAAAAAUUAAAUGAAUCCACAGAAUUGGUAUAAAUGAUAUAAAUGUUCCACACUGUACUUAGACAUUCCUUUUCUUCGUCUGUCUUUCUGAUUUCUGUAUUCUUUAGUGCUAAUUUCUACAUGUACAUAGACUUGUAUGAUAUAUUGUAAACAAAGCAUGCAACCUACUGCUUAUGACAUGACCAGAUCAAACGGGUAUUAACAAUAGCAUGGAUAGACAAACCUAAAAGGUGUUAAGAAACUUUUGAAUAAUUUUUUUGUUUGUUCAAGGAUAGUUUUAUGAAAAUGAUACCAGAAUUGAUUUUCAAACUUUUUAUAUAUAGUUCUUUUUAUUUCCUUUUUUUGUUUUUGAAUAUAAGAAUCAGAAAACUUAUAACAACGCUUUGUGUUCAGGUUUGUAUUUUUAAUGAUAUUUCAUGAAUUAAUGGUUGUUUUUUUAAAGCUGCCAAGAAAAGAAUUGUUCAGUAUCUGUUCAUUAUCACAUAUCACACAUAUAUAUGUAGUUGAAUACGAUACAUUUACUCAUCACACAUCACAGGUAUAUGUAGUUGAAUAUGAUACAUUUACUCAUCACAUAUCACAUAUAUAUGUAGUUGAAUAUGAUGCAUAUCUUAUCACACAUCACAUAUAUGUAGUUGAAUAUGAUGCAUAUCUUAUCACACAUCACAUAUAUAUGUAGUUGAAUAUGAUGCAUAUCUUAUCACACAUCACAUAUAUAUGUAGUUGAAUAUGAUGCAUUUCUUAUCACACAUUGGUCACAUAUUUAUCAUGUUAUCAUUGUACCAUGUCUUGACAUGUAGAACAUUAAAAUCAUGUAAAAAUA